UGAAACAGUUUCUUCCAGAAGUAUUCUCAUUGUAUGAAGUUGUUUUCCUAUUUCCAACAAUUGUAAUCAUCAAUUUUACACAUUGAAUUAUUACAGGCCCUUGAAGUGAAAGAGAUUUUAUUCCACAUCUAAACUAGAAAAGAAAAUAGAGGUGAUUUGGUACCUUAACAUAUUUCCUGACUAAAUUGAGCAAAGAUGGCAGAUACUAUUCUGCUCCUUCCGCAAGAUGAUGGAUCUGGGGAGAAGGGCAGCAUCACCAAUGACUUCAUGUACAACAACAAUGUUGCCAACAGCCACGUUUAUAUCCGUAUGGGUUUCCUGCGUAAGGUGUAUGGACUGUUGAGUGUACAGCUGCUAGUCACUGCUGUAGUAGCAGGUGUGUGUGCGUACACGCCUGUGGUGCGUGACACCAUACACACAAACCCAUGGCUGCUCAUCAUGUGCCUGCCAGCCGCAUUUGGCCUGUUAAUUGCUUUGCAUGUUAAGAGACACGUGGUGCCCAUGAACCUGAUCCUGCUGGCGGCGUUCACGGUGGUGGAGGCUGUGACGGUGGGCACGGUGGUGUCUCUGUACGAGGUGGCGUCUGUGGUGCAGGCUCUAGUGCUCACUCUCCUCAUCACCUUCGGCCUCACCGCAUACACCUUCCAGACCAAGAGGGACUUUACCAACAUGGGUGUUGGGCUGUUCAUCGGCUUACUAUGCCUACUGGGCGUGGGUGUUCUGAACCUGUUCCUUGGCAGCACUGGGCUGGACCUUAUCAUUGCUGGUGCUGGUGCUCUCGUCUUCUCUCUCUUCAUUGUCUUCGAUACUCAGAUGAUGAUGACGAAACUGUCCCCUGAAGAGUACAUCCUUGCGACCAUUAACCUUUACUUGGAUAUCAUCAACCUCUUCCUCGAGUUGCUGCGUCUGCUUGGCGACAGGAGGAACUGAGCAGAUCGUUUUUCAUGAACUUGUAAAGCUGUAACCGUGGCUCCUGCUACUGUAACUGAAGCUCUGCUACAGUAACUGAGGCUCUGCUACUGUAACUGAGGCUCUGCUACUGUAACUGAAGCUCUGCUUCUGUAACUGAAGCUCUGCUACUGUAACUGAAGCUCUGCUACUGUAACUGAAGCUCCACUGCUGUAACCAUAGCUCCUGCUUCUGUAUCUGAAGCUCUGCUGCUGUAAAUGAAGCACUGCUACUGUAACUGAAGUUCUGCUACUGUAACUGAAGCUCUGCUACUGUACUGAAGUUCUGCUACUGUAACUGAAGCUCUGCUACUGUACUGAAGCUCUGCUACUGUAACUGUCGUUUAUUUACCUGUUGAAUCAAUUAAGUUCUACAGAUAUGUGACUAUAAAUUCUGCUACUGCGAUGUGUGAGUUCUGUUAUUUUGUUUAAUCUUUCUAAAUUAUUACUGUACUCUUUCGAGGUGCUGUAUUGCCAUUUAUUCUUCAGUGUCGUUUAUUCCAAAUGGUGCACUAAAUCGUAACUCUCACGUGUGUUCCUCAGCGCACUGGCAGAAUGUUCCAUUCCUAUGGUUGUAGCAACGUUUGUUUUACAUUUUCACGUCCUGAUGUGAUUCAUGUCUAGUUUAUAGCGAUCUUUAAGCUCGUUCUGAUUACUUUGAUCUAAAUUUGUUUCACAUUGAUCGUUCGCGUGAUUCUAUUCCACGUUAUUUGCGUGAUGUGAAUUUGUUUCUCUAAUCAUGUAAUGAGCUUCAGUUUUAUUAUAAUGUUAUCGCCUUGAAAUGUGAAUAAUCCCAGAGCUACCGGUUAUCUUAUGUCUGGAAGUUCACUUUGUGCGUUCUCUGCUAUAAUUAAUUUUAUCAUUUCUUUGCUUACUUAAAUGCGUUAGAUUUACUCAUAAUUCUCGCACAAACCCAAUUAAGUUCCACUCUUCUACUCAAAAUAUACUUCGUUACGUAUUGUCCAUUUGCAAUAAUUUUGUUUGUAUACACGCUGGGUUGACCAACUUGUUGCAUGGCUUACUUCCAGCAUAAAUGCUAAUGUAGAACAGCUUUGAACGGUCAUAUCAACAUUGAUAUUUAGUCGACAUUUCUAUCGCCUUGCUGCUAUAUUUUUUAGAAUGCAAUCAGUUUCUGUUUUACGUAUUCCUGCCAAUGAUGAUCUUGCAGACCUCAAAAAUUUUGAAACUGAUAUUAGUAUUUACGACAAAUCUUGAUUCCCUGCUCUAUAUAUGGCUUAAUAAAUGAACUGAUGACCAUAUUAUCAGAUUAUUCUGUAGGGCCACACUAAAUAUUUAAAAUGUUAGCUAAUCGGAAUAUAUUCUCCACUAAGUCUGUAAUAUAAUACUAACGCCCACGUCUGUAACUUUAAAAUUGGCUGAUUUAUUUCAUGGUGGUUUAAUGUUUUGAUACAUUUUUAAAUCGUUCACGGAAAACAAUCUAGUUUUCAAAUAUUUUUUUACAACGAUUUUAUUUUAAGAGUUUCAGUUUUUUUAGUACAUCUUCGUUUCUUCACUACAAGUGGACUCGGUUACUCUUUAUUGCUAUCAUUUGGUUAUGUGGUUCUCUUGCUUUAGCUGUGUGAAUUCUUAAUUUUUUUACUCUUUUAGAGGAAUUUUGGUUACGAUUCGCUCGGUUGGGUCGGCACUGGAAGUAAACCAUAUUCUCUUAUUCGAGUCUUUCGAUGUACCUUUCUAAUGUUGUAUUUUAUUCAAAUAUAUAUCUAUGGAA